CCAAAACCCACCAUGUCUCCAUCAUUACACAACACAUAGAUAAUCAAACACAAAAUAACAUAGAAAUGUCUUCUUCUGAUUCCGCCUCGGAAGCCAAGAAGUCAAACAAAAUCAGAGAGAUCGUAAAACUUCAACAGAUUCUCAAGAAAUGGCGUAAAGCAGCUCAUGCAUCAAAACAAGCCAGCAACAAGAUCGACGAUGAAGAAAACAACAAUAAACUCAACAGAACAGGAAGUGGAAGUGCAAGUAAGGGCAUCAAGUUUCUGAAGAGGACACUAUCCUUCACUGAUGUAACAGCUGUUCCUAAAGGCUACUUAGCUGUCUCGGUGGGUAAGGAGGAGAAGAGAUACAAGAUACCGACGGACUACCUUAGCCACCAAGCUUUCCACGCGCUGUUGCGUGAAGCAGAAGAAGAGUUUGGGUUUCAACAAGCUGGUGUGUUGAAGAUUCCUUGUGAAGUUGCUGUGUUUGAGAGCAUUUUGAAGAUUAUGGAGGACAACAAGGCUGAUGUGUACCUUACUACACAGGAGUGUAGGUUCAAUGCAACGACUGAGGAAGUGAUAAGUUACCGUCAUCCUUCGGAUAUCCCUAGGACUCCAUCUCAUCAACCUCACAGUCCAAUGUGCAGAUAACUUUUUUUUUUGUUUUGUUUUGAUUUGCUUGUUGAUUGCUUUGAACCAUUCUUCUUCCUCUUCCCCAUGUUCCAACUUUUUCACUUGGGGAUUUGAACUUGUGUACUAAAAUGCGAGAGAGAUUUUUGAAUUAUGUAAUGUAUAAACGGAUGAUUGAAAAUUUUUAAAACAUGAAAUGUUCUCUUUUCUUUUUUUUCAUAAAGUGAAUCAAGAAAGUAAAGAUUAACACUUCUUGUUCAUCAGUAGAUGCAUUCAAAGCAAUUUCACAAUACAACCUCCUUCUUUCAUCAUGUUCAUGUAUCUUCCAUUCUAUGCAAAUUCUAGAUCUAUGUUAUUUUGAUAUAUCGUAAAAGUUAAUCCUUCAUCUAAGAGGAUAACACCGUACAAAUGAACGUGAAGGAGAAUGUAUCACAUAGGUAAUGUAAGAGGGAGUAAAUCAUCACAAACAUAUACAUGGUUUAGUUUCCCUUCUCAAAUCUGUAUUUGUCCUUUAACUAAGUAGAAAUCAAACUUACAUCAGCACAAGAAUUUGUGGUGCAAUGGUAAGCAUGCUCUAGUGACUAGAGCAUAUUUGGGCAUCAUGUUAUUCACAUGGCAGUUUUAGGUCACAUGGUUAGGUUUAGGAGACCUUGAUACAUAAAGACAAAAUGUUUCUAACUAUGCAUCAUCUGUUCAUUUUACCGGAAACUACCCCAUGUGUAUUGAUGUUGCAGUUAUGCCAAUUCAUCAGAGGUUUAACAUAAACUAAUGGAGUAACUAACAUCAAUUAUAUUAGUGUGAAAAGAAGAUAAAAGAGUACCUACGCCAUUGUACUUUUUAAUCAUCAAGUGGAGACUUGUUAACAUUAUAGAGUAACAAACGUAGGGUAUCCUAUGCUCUUACAACCAAAGCUAAUGCUAUAAUAAGUAUCUUGAUUAGUGAAUAGAAUAACAGAGUCACAGCAUCACAUGCAACAUUUUCUCUAAAUUAAGCACCCUUCAUUAUUGAAACCACAUGCAAUUAAGCGAUUUAUCCCUAACAGAGUACGGCAAAAUCCAAAGGAAUGAUCUUGGUAUCCUCCCAAAAUCAAUCAAGAUUCACAAAAAAAGGAUGAGUAUUUAGGGAAUGAUAUGUUCUCUCUCAUGGUCAAAGUCAAUGCUUAAAGCAGUGAGAUCUGAUAAAACGGAAAGGUCACAUGACAUAUGUACCCUGAGACUUAACACCCGUCAUACGCAAUCACAUAAUAAACACAUGUGUCAUGAUCUCCUGCACCUGAUCUCGAGGAUACUAAUUGUAAUAUUGAUUAUAUGAGCAGGUUCCAUAUACGACACUAGACAGCAGGAUCCAGCAAGAAAUUUAACAUGAACAAAACCAUUAUCCUAGAAUUUUUUUAAAAAGAUUGUGGUGAUCGCACGUCCAUGACUUAUAUAGUUUACUGCUUUAUGAAGAUUGGUAUCAAAAGUUAUGAACUAAAAGACAAUAAGAGAAACAAAAGAAAGUCUUGGUUGUUCACUCAAGGCACUAAUCAUUACAGACAGUAAAGAUACUUAUUUGAGCAAAAGCCAGCUAAACAGAUCACAUGAACAAGUACAUCGUUGCGCAAAAAAGAACAUGUACAUCAGUACAACAGAG